UCCGCGUGGUACCGGAUGACGUCGUAGAGGGUUGAAGGUGACUGCAAGGGGCGGGGGGGCGGCGGUGUAGAGAACGCGAGACUUUGACGGCUUUCGACGACGGAGAGACAUCAGCAGCAACAGCAGCAGCGGCAACAGCAACAGCAGCAGCAGCGAGCCAUGUGGUACGAGAUCCUGCCCGGCCUGGCCGUCAUGACCGUCGCGCUCAUGGUGCCGGGAUUCACCACCAUGUUCCUGCAGCGGGCGUCCAGCGGGUGGAAGGAGAAGCGCGUGGUGUCCGACUCCUUCGGGUUCAUGAUGCUCAAGAGGGACGCGCGAAUAUCUGGGACAAACACCUACUACCAGAGCAAGGGCUUGGAAAACAUCAACUGAGCUGCUAAGAAAUAUGUCUUAUCCCUCCUCCACUCCACCCUGCGUAACCUGUCACAAACACGCGCAUGUCAUCACUCACCGGUCCUCCCAGCUCCUGAACAACCAAUAAAUUUCUGAGCUUCGACAACG